AUGUACACACUGAGCAUUCAAUCAAGCUUCGAGGAAGUCAUAAAUGAUGUUGUGGAAAACCGUUUGCAAUCAGAUCAAUUUUGGAUAAACUUCGUUGACGCUGAAGAUGUUCAAGAUGGUACAAUGAAGGAAGAAAUAGUGACAGUGUUCAAGGACCACCAGAAUAUCAUGUUCAAUAAUGACAAUGGAUUAAAAUUUCAUAUACAAAAAGAGCACAUGUAUAAAGUGGAGUAUGAAGGUAACAUAUUUAACAUACUGAGCCCUUCAAUGACCUAUAAAUCGGGAUUGAAAAAUACCACUACAUUUGAUAUAUCUCCAAAUAAGGAAUUAUUACUCAUAGGUAAUAGGGAUGGUGACUUACGUAUUGUAAGAACACUUGACGGAGGAAUUGAGAGAACUAUCGAAGAAGCACAUUUUGCAGAAGUCACCAAAUCAUUAUUUUUUCCAUCGGGUCAAGUUGGAUUGACCGCAUCUUUAGAUUUCAGUAUUAAAAUAUGGGAUAUUGCCUCUGGUGCUAAUCCAAGGACGUUUUUGUCACACAAAGAGCGAAUAACAGAUCUCGCUAUGAUAGGAAAGGGCAGAAAUUUUGUUUCAUCAUCUCUUGAUGGCUUCAUCAAGUUAUGGGAUUGUGCAUCUGGAACAAAUUUCAAUAGUUUCAAAAGAAAGGACAGCUUCAAGGAUGGUGUCACAUCCUUAAGUAUUACCACAGUGAAUUCAAGCAAGUCACCAAAAAACUCUCCAAAAAAUGCGUAUGAAUUUGACACAGAUGGAAAAAGACUCCUGGCUGGUUAUGUUUCGGGCGUUAUAUGCGCUUAUGAUCUGGCCUCAAAAGAUCAAAUAUUUACCACACCAAGCUUUGGAAGUGAAGUAGUGGGCAUCUGGUCUAAUGAUAAUACGAUCUUGAGUGGUCAUAAAGAUGGGUACAUUGCAAAUUGGGAUAUAAGAGAUGUUUCGAAGCCGUUAACAAAAUUUAAAAGUGUCGCUAAUCCAGACCUUAUGGCAUUUAGUGAAGAAUUCACAUUAAUUUCACAUCCUGUAUCUGCUUUGUGUGGGAUAUCGUACAGAAAUGCAACCUUCAAUUCACCCACACCAACGAUAUUAUCAGGCGUCUGUGACGAGCCUGUUGUUGGGUUGAAAGUGAUGGCAAAUGAAAGAUAUGUUGGUUCUGAAAAUGGUGAUAUACAUCUCUACGACGAUUGA